AUGGCCAACACGGAUCAUACACUCGAGCACGCUAAGGUCAGCUCCUGGUUCCUGGGCCCGCGGGCCGAGAACUUCGAUAUCCUCAAAGAGUUCUUCGCCUGUAUCCUAGACGACCAGAGAGUAGCACGCGAGUCCAUCUACAAGGACGACCCCGCCUUUAUCACAGCUGAGGUCAAAGCUACCGAGAGCUUUACAGAGAGCAUUGCCACAUUGCGGGAGGAUGUCAAGAAUCUAUCCAAGGGUCUAGCUACCCAUUCUAUCCCGUUCUGGUCGCCCCGGUACAAUGCCCACAUGAACAUGGACACUGCCAUGUCGAGCAUCAUUGGAUACAUGGCAUCGAUGAUGUAUAACCCCAACAACGUUGCUACUGAGGCUAGCCCCUUCACCACUGCUCUGGAGAAGAAUGUCGGGAUGCAGCUCUGCGGUAUGCUGGGUUAUAGGACCUCCGGUGACUUCCCUGGAUGGGGCCACAUUACAUGCGACGGCUCUGUGGCCAACCUCGAAGCUAUCUGGGCUAGUAAGUCGUCCUCGCCGUCUCCCACCGGCCUGCCGAGUUGCAGCUCAUCCGGCCCUCUCCGGUUUCUCGCCGAUGCCAGGCCGCCCUUCCUCGUCGAGAACUGCCAGGGCACCAAGAAGCCAUUUGGCGAGCUGUCCACCUGGGAGCUGCUUAAUCUAACGCCGUCCACCAUUCUCGACCUCCCGACCCGCCUUGCCACCGAGCACAGCAUCUCGGCGGCAUUCCUGCAGACCGCGCUCAACGACUUCCUCAUCCAGACCCUCGGCAAGGACCAGCUGGAGAAGAAGUUUGGCAUCAAGAAGUCGCCCAAGUUCCUCAUCAGCACUACCAAGCAUUACUCGUGGCCGAAAGGCGGAGCUAUCGCCGGCCUCGGCUCCGACUGCUUCAUCGACAUCCAGGUCGACGACGACGCGCGCAUGGACGUGGCCGACCUCAGACGACAACUUGACUCCUGCAUCCACCACAAGGACGACGAGGACGAGCACACUCCUGUGUUUGGCUGCGUAGCCAUCAUCGGGUCGACCGAGCACGGCGCCUGCGACCCCCUGGCCGAGCUUGUCCGCGUGCGCAGCGAGUACGAGGAACAAGGCCUCUCAUUCGCCAUCCACGCAGAUGCUGCCUGGGGUGGCUAUUUUGCGUCCAUGGUUCCCAGCGAUGGUCCCCUGCUGCUCCCCAACCUGCCUUACGUCCCGACCCUGGCCCUGCAGCCGUAUACCAUAGAGCAGCUCAAGGCUCUGGCUAACGCCGACAGCAUCACCAUUGACCCGCACAAAUCAGGUUACAUCAACUACCCUGCCGGUGGCCUCUGCUACCGCGACGCACGCAUGAGAUACCUCAUCACCUGGACGAGUCCCAUCGUGUACCACGCCGGCGAUGACACCGGGAGCAUGGGCGUCUAUGGCGUCGAGGGCAGCAAGCCUGGAGCGUCGGCGGUGGCCACUUGGCUGACGCACAAGACGCUGGGGCUGCACGAAAGCGGAUACGGAAGACUACUCGGAGAAGCCGUCUUUACGUGCACUAAGCUGUAUUGCUACUGGGCCACCCUAACAGAGCCCACUUCGGACCUUAUCGUCGUCCCUCUCAUCCGCCUCCCUGCUGAAAAGGAAGGGGGCGACCAGCAGAAAAUUGAGGAGCAGAAGGACUACAUCCGGAAGAGGAUUCUAGGAGUGAGCAACGAGAACCUCAUCAAGGACAAGGAGGCCGUCAAACUCCUAAAGAAGUUGGGCGGUGAUCUCAUGAUCAACGCCUUUGCCUGCAACUUCAAGAUCGAUGGCAAGCCGAACCGCAACGUGGUUGAGGCAAACUACCUCAACGAGCGCAUCUUCAAGCGCCUCUCGGUCACGUCCAUGGACGAUAUCGUCGCGGAGAGGCCCCUGUUCCUGACGCAGUCCAAGUUCGGCGACAAGAAAUACGGCUCCUGUCUGCGGCACUACAAGCGCCGCCUCCAGCUGAACGACGGGAGAGGCGGUGCGCAAGGCGACCUGACAUUUCUCGUGAAUGUGACCAUGAGUCCGUGGCCCACCGACUCUUCCUUCCUUAGCGAGCUCACCGAGUCGUUUAGGAAGAUUGCCGAGGAGGAAGUCGAGCGCUGCAUUCUACGCAACAAGAUCACCAAGUCCAUCCACGGCUUUGUGAUGCAGGGCCUCGAGCAGGUCUUUCUCGUCCACCUCCCCAUGUUUAACAUGGCCAACCACCGCUGGCAGCUCAUCCUCGCGGCGGACCUGCCCGCCGCCGCCAAGGAACAGUACCAAAACCUGCGGAAGGACAACCCAGAGAAGUUCUACACUGUGGCCAACACCGAGUCCGAGAUCCUCGAGACCAUGCUCGAGCCAGGCGCGUCAGUGCACGUGCGCAUGGAUGAGGGCAUUCCCGCGCCAGACGCGCCGCCGCUGGCCGAGUUCGAGCUUACAAACAUACGCGUCGUCGUGCGCGAGUCCAUGUCGUUCGAUACUCUCGACGCGACGUACCCGGAUAAGAUGCCGUUUUAUCUCUAUGGCAGUGCAGGCGAGCGUCACGUCGACCACGUGCUCAAGACGUCGCCCAAUGCCCAGCUCAAUGCUGACUGUGUAUCCGUCGCUGUGCAGCCCGAGCUCACUGAGGAGCAGCUCUCUAAGGGCGUGGUAGCUGUGUUUGAGACCGUGUUCGAGAAGGCUAUGCAGCCCUUCCUCGACGACUCGAGGAGUGAGAACCCCAAGCCCAUCGCUAGUGGAGAGAUAACCUUGGGUAAAACAGUGUACGUGGACUGGAAGGAAGUCAACAUGGACCCCGCCAGCGAGCAUCACUAG